CUGCUAAACUACUCAUCCAAAUCUCUAUUUGUAUCCUUGGUUGAGACAUUUUUGUAUUCCCAAUCAGCUUAGAUUAAGCGAGAGAAAUUAAAUGGGACAAAAAAAAAGCACUCCGUCUAUGCUCAAUCCGGGAGAUCAUAUUUUUAGUAAUAGGGCUGGGAUUCUCUACUAUCAUCACGGCAUAUAUGUGGGCGAUGACAUGGUGAUUCAUCUUAUGGUAGCUGGAAUUAAAAAAAGUUCAUCUUCUUUGGGCCCAAAAUGUGGCUACAAUCGAGACAGAGAUAGUGGAAUUGUCAAAACUUGUCUUGACUGUUUCCUCGAUAGCAACAACCUACAUAUCUUUGAAUAUUGUAUGCCUUGCAAAUCACCUGAUGAAGUUAUCAGUACUGCCAUGGAGUUUCUCCAAGGAAAAGAUUUUGGCGAGUACAACUUUGCAUUUAACAAUUGCGAGGAUUUUGCAUCCUAUUGUAAAACAGGCCUUCGUUUAUGUUCUCAAAGGGAAUAGUUUGUCAGGACAGUGCGUCUUUUUCCGACGCCCGGAACCGGACCUGUGACCUCGAUCCUUCAAGUCGCCCUGAGGAUAAAGAGUUGGAACGAUCUUGGACGGAUACAGUUUCUACUUUUAGUCAAAGUUUUCAGAUUUCUCCUGCAUUAAAAUAUGUGUAUGCAGUCAAAUUCGAGUUCUAACGCAAUGGAAGGAUGUUUAAAAUUCUUUCAUAAAAUAAUUAUAGAGUUAUCUGACGAGUUUUAUAUAACUUGUCUUGAGUAUG